CACCUGCUCUCAUGAAGAAACUGCAGGGGAGGCCUAUAAAUCUAUUGAAGCAUAUAAAACAUAAAGGGCGUAGUAAGGGCCUUUUGCAUCCAACUACUGGUCAAGUUUUGUAAUUCAUCUUGUCUUAGAGCAAUGAGGAAGACGAGCAUCCAGUGCCUUGUGGUGUGUGCAGCGUUGAGUUUAUUUUGUGCAAGUGCUGAUCUCAAGUUGGGUUUCUAUGAUGAGAGUUGUCCAAAGGCUGAGAAGAUUAUAUUCGACUAUGUUAAGAAACACAUACCUCAUGAGCCAUCGUUAGCUGCCCCUCUUCUUAGGAUGCACUUCCAUGAUUGCUUUGUCGGGGGUUGCGAUGCUUCCAUUCUGAUGAACUCCACUAGUAAGAAUCAAGCAGAGAAAUCAGCAUUCCCAAAUCUAAGCCUUCGUGGUUUCGAUUUCAUUGAUAGAGUCAAGACCUUAAUAGAAGCAGAAUGCCCUGGUGUUGUUUCAUGCGCCGAUAUUCUCGCCUUAGUUGCAAGAGAUUCUGUUAUUGUCACAGGAGGUCCCUUUUGGAAUGUUCCCACCGGGCGAAGAGAUGGUUUGAUCUCAAAUUCCAUAGAGGUCUUGAAAAACCUUCCAGCCCCAACUUUUAAUUUUAGCAUCCUCCAAACGUCUUUUGCUAGUAAAGGACUCAGCUUAAAAGAUCUAGUACUUUUGUCUGGAGCUCAUACAAUUGGCGUCUCUCACUGCUCAUCAUUCAGUAGUCGCCUUUAUAAUUUCACUGGAAAAGGUGAUGAAGACCCUUCUCUGGAUAGCUUUUAUGCUGCAAAUUUGAAGAAGUACAAGUGCCAAGUUCCUAAUGACACGACAACAAUUGUUGAAAUGGAUCCGGGUAGCUUCAGAACUUUUGAUCUUGGAUACUACAAACAUCUACUCAAGAGAAGAGGUCUCUUCCAAUCUGAUGCAGCUCUGAUAACUAAUGCUGCAACAAAGGCCUACAUCAUUCAGCUUGUCAACAAUCCUCUUGAAGUAUUCUUCAAAGAAUUUGCUUUGUCCAUGGAGAAGAUGGGAAGGAUUGAGGUAAAGACGGGAUCUUUGGGUGAAAUUAGGAAGAACUGUGCGGUCGUGAAUAGCUAGAUGGUUGCAAGUUUUGGUUGAUUGCUUUAGGUUUGUGAUUUUGAUGGUGAAUGAUUUGUCUCCAAGGAGACUUCCUGCAAGGAUUUGUGUUUUCUUUUCUUCCUUUUUCUUCUGCAAGUUUUUUCAAGCAACUGUAAUAAACGUAUGUGCUAAAAGGUAGAGAUUGGUUGAGGAACUUUUGAAAUUAAAAAAAAAAUGGAAACUAUUGUUAGAUA